AUGGCUCAGACUCAGAUUUCGCGGAGCUCGGAGAGCGACGCCUGGGCUCUCCUGUCGCUAAAGGCGCCGCCUUCGCCCUCGAAGGUGCAAUGGGCGCACGAGCCGGCCCCGCUGGCGAUAGCGCGCCUCGACGGCCGCGACUUCGAGUACCUCAUACGACAGAAGAAAGUGGUCAUCGGGCGGAACUCUAGUCGUGGACAGGUCGACGUGAAUAUGGGACAUUCGAGUUUUAUAUCUCGCCGGCAUCUGGAGUUGUUCUACGAUCACCCGCAGUUCUACUUGACGUGCAACAGCAAGAAUGGCGUGUUGGUGGACGGCGUGUUCCAGCGGAAGGGGGCCGCGCCAAUGUUGCUACCAAAAAGAUGCACACUACGAUUCCCCUCAACAAAUAUCCGGCUGGAGUUCCAAUCUCUGGUGGAGGAGAGCGGCGGAGCCGGUGGCAGCACCGGGCCUCCUCUGCCACCACUACGUAUCACCAUCCCCAUGGACAACGACGGCAGGAGUCCGGCGCCAUCACCCACAGGUACUAUAAGCGCCACGAACAGUUGCCCGACGUCCCCGCGAGGGGCAGGUUCAUCAGGGAGACGCCACGCCGACCUAGGCCUGGUCGCGCAGUACGCAGUCAUGGCUGAGCAUCAGCGGCCUACUUCGAACGGGAACGCUUCAUCUUCGACGUCGGAGUACAGUGUGCGCGAGCCGCGUGACGUACGCGAACAUCGCGACCGCUCGGAGGACGCUUCUAAGCCCCCGUACAGCUACGCGCAGUUAAUAGUGCAGGCCGUGGCCUCGGCCCCCGACAAACAGCUCACGCUCAGCGGCAUAUACAGCUACAUAACGAAGCACUAUCCCUACUACCGAACCGCCGACAAGGGCUGGCAGAACUCGAUACGUCAUAAUUUGUCACUUAACAGAUACUUCAUAAAAGUGCCGCGCAGCCAGGAGGAGCCGGGCAAGGGCAGCUUCUGGCGGAUCGACCCGCAGAGCGAGGGCAAGCUCAUCGAGCUGGCCUUUCGGCCGAGGCGUCCUCGGGGUGUGCAGUUCCGCGCGCCGUUCGGUCUCUCCUCUAGGAGUGCGCCGACGUCUCCAUCGCAAGUGGGCGUGUCCGGUCUGGUUACGCCCGAGGAGUUGUCUCGCGAGCCCACGCCCGACCUCUUCACCGGUGAUGAAAACGACCAUCAGGGCGGUCAGCAGCGACUUAACAGCAGCAGCAAUAAUAACAACAGCCACUCCGCUCAGUACCUGUUCCCGCAACGCUCCGGUGUCAGUCAGAGCGCGCCCGGCUCUCCUGGCACAGGUGGCUCGUCAUUCAGCGCAGGCGGAAGCGGGAGCGGUGGAGGUCUCAUGAUGGCGGGACAUCACAUCACUGUUGUCACAAACGGGGCUGGCGGCGAACGAGAAGAAAAGUACGUUGUGGGUACGACCGGUGGCAACCUGGUGUCCAUACCCGAGGAGGAGGUCCAAGGCAAUAUGCUGCACCAACACUCGCCCUAUUAUGCUGGAUACGCCGGUGACGAGGGGUGCGGCGCCCUCGGCGGUGAGCUGGUCAUCGAGGAGGCGCCCGAUGAGCCGCCCCACAAGCGCAACAAGCACCGACACGUCUCCGACAUGGACGACCGGCGCGCAUAUUGA